AUGACAGCCGUUCAGCGGGACACGGUCGCGUGCUGCUCAAGAGCCCCGGCCACGACGCGCGGCACGGCGGGACACGUCACGCAGAUGAACCGGAGAAACGGCCGCUGUUUUGAUGUCCCGAGCUCUCGCUUUAUUUCUAAGCGGCGCAGACACACUCUCUCUCUCUCACACACACUCACACUCUCUCUCUCUCUCUCUCUGAUUGUGUUGUUUUCUCCAGAUCUCUCUCUGCUGCAGGACUCGCAGGAGGACACGGACGGAUUGCUGGAUUUCGUGUCUCAGGAUGAGAUGUUGACUCCUCUGGGCCGACUGGACAAGUACAUCAGCAGUGAGAACGUCUUCAACAGGCAGAUGGUGGCCCGCAGUCUUCUGGACACGCUCCGAUUUGAACAAUGCCUAAAACUUGGUUCGUCAGAGCCGACGGUUCGAGCGGAGCUCAUGGAGCAAAUCCCACACAUCGCCAUCUUCUGUCAGGAGAACAGACCUUCCAUUCCCUUCGCCUUCUCCAAGUUCCUGCUUCCCAUCGUGGUGCGAUACCUGUCCGACCAGAACAACCUGGUGCGUAAGACGAGUCAGGCGGCGCUGCUGGUUCUGCGGGAGCAGGAGCUGAUGGAGCGAGGAGACGUGGAGAGCCUGGUGUGUCCGGUGCUGGUGGACCUGACCGCUCCCGACAGCAGCGACGACGUCAAGACCGAAGCCAUGGCGAUUAUUUGUAAAAUGGCUCCGAUGGUGGGGAAGGACGUCACCGAGCGACUCUUUCUGCCACGCUUCUGCGAGAUGUGCUGCGACUGCAGGAUGUUCCACGUGCGCAAGGUUUGUGCGGCGAACUUCGGAGACGUCUGCAGUGUGGUCGGAGGAGAGGCGACGGAGGAGCUGCUGCUGCCGCGCUUCUUCCAGCUGUGCUCUGAUAACGUGUGGGGCGUGAGGAAGGCUUGCGCCGAGUGCUUCAUGACCGUCUCCUCGGCCUCAUCUGCAGAAGUGCGGCGCAGCAAACUCUCGUCUCUGUUCAUCAGUCUGAUCAGCGACCCGUCGCGCUGGGUGCGUCAGGCUGCGUUUCAGUCGCUCGGGCCGUUCAUCUCCACCUUCGCCAGCUCCAGCAUGUUUGACUCGUCCAGCUCAAACACAGACGCCGCUGAUGGAGGAGAGCAGACGGCCGAGAGACUGAGCGCAGAUGAGUCUUGCUGCCUUCCUUCAUCAGACGAGAUCCCGGAGCAGGAGCUCUUCAACUCCUUCCACUACUGGAGGACCCCCAUCCCUCAGAUCCAGCUGGAGCUGCUGCAGGAGGAGGACAGACGGCCCUCGGCCCCAGCGCUGGGCAGAACACAGCUGCAGGAGCUCAUCGAGAACCUGGAGCCACACACCGACGACCCCGACGUCAAAGCACAAGUGGAUGUUCUGACGGCUGCUCUGAGAGCCACGGCGCUGGACUCUGGACUGGAAGAUGCUUUCCUGGAGCCUCGAGCCGCUCGAUCAAACCCCUUCAGCUCCCAGCAGUCCUCAGAACACCUGUCAAGGCGUGAUUCCUCUCUACAUGUGACGCGUGACGACGAUGAUUCUGACGUGAGCGACUGCUGCCUGAAUCCUGAAGACCAGAGGAAAUCCAAACAGCAGCCCAUCGUGCAUUGCUCUGAUCGAUUCAUUCCCAGCAUGCAUUGCUCUGACCCACUCAUUCCCAUCAUGCAUUGCUCUGACCCUCUCAAACCCAUCAUGCAUUGCUCUAACAGACUCAUUCCCAUCAUGCAUUGCUCUGACCCACUCAUUCCCAUCAUGCAUUGCUCUGACCCUCUCAAACCCAUCAUGCAUUGCUCUGACCCUCUUAAGCCCAUCAUGCACUGCUCUGACCGGUCGUCUGUGCGCUGGACCUCCUACAGACUGGUACUGACACGAACACUCCUCACUCGAAAUGCUUGUUUUCAUGGCUGGUGUGUUCUCUCUCCAGAGUAUUUUCUGAGCGCGCUGAACUGCCAGCAGGUGGCGCUGGAGCACACACUCGUCUCGCUGCAGACAGACGUGGAUAAAGACGUCAAGUACUUCUCCAGCGUUCACCCCGGCAGCACGCGUCUGAACGAGGACGCCAUGAGCAACACGUCCUCCACCUACUGACCCGCUGUCCCAGAAUGCACCUCUCUGAUUUCACCACAGAAGCCUUAAUCACGUCUUCCUCCUUCAG